AUGACAAUUGAGAAAUCAUUACCAUUACACUCGAAAGAACAACCUUCAAAAAGGAAAAAUGGUUUGUUGGCUAGUACUUUUAUAUGUUUUUUUGUAUUAGGGUUGUUUAUUCAUAGUCCAAAGAGCACAUCAAAUUCUUCAAUUGUUCAAAAUACUUCAUCAUAUUUCAAAACUUUCUUUGAAGAACCAGAAAAUCCAGAUGGUCUUUGUCCAAUUAUUAAAAAAAUUAAUCCGCAUGAUUACUUAGAUGAUUUGAAAACAAUUGAUUAUAUUUUAAAAGACAAGUCAUUUUUCAAUAAAUGUAAAGAUAAUUUAUUAGGUGCUAUUCAAAUUCCAACUGAAGUUUAUGAUGAUAUGAUCAAUCCAAAUUUAAAACAUUCAAAAGAAGAAUUAUAUGAUGUUGAGCCAAGAUGGAAAAGUUUUGAAGCAUUUCAUAAAUAUUUACAAAAGACGUAUCCAUUAGUGCAAAAGCAUUUGAAAUUGGAAACUGUUAAUAAAUUUGGCCUUGUAUAUUCUUGGGAGGGUUCAGAUAAAGAUAAGAAACCAAUCAUAUUAGCUGCUCAUCAAGAUGUUGUACCUGUUGCUAGAGAAACUCUCGAUCAGUGGACUUAUCCUCCUUUCAAAGGUGGAUUUGAUGGUAAAUAUUUAUAUGGUAGAGGUGCAUCUGAUUGUAAAAAUUUAUUAAUUGGAUUAUUAAAUACUGUUGAGUUAUUGUUAAAAGAAGAGAAAUUUAAUCCUGAAAGAACAAUUAUAUUAGCAUUUGGUUAUGAUGAAGAAUCAGCAGGUUCUGGUGCUUUUGAAAUCAAUAAACAUUUAGUAUCUAAAUAUGGUCCUGAUUCAAUUUUGCAAAUCAUAGAUGAAGGAAAUGAAGGAUUUGUAGAUAUAGAAGGAUCUAAAUUUAUACUUCCAGCUACUGGUGAAAAAGGUUAUUUAGAUUCAAUCAUUGAAUUUUAUACUCCAGGUGGUCAUUCUUCAGUACCUCCAAAACAUACAUCCAUAGGUAUAAUUGCAAAAUUAAUUGAAAAAAUUGAAUCCAAAGAAUUUUCACCAAUAUUAUCAAAUAUAAAUCCAGUAUUGAAUCAAUUAUAUUGUAUAGCUGAACACUCCCCAAAUUUGGAUCCAAAAGUUAGGAAAAAUAUCUUAAAAUCUCAAGUUAAUUCGAAUGCAAAUAAAAAAAUUGUUGAAUAUUUAAGUAAAAAUAAAGAAACAAAAUAUUUAAUUCAAACUUCACAAGCUAUUGAUAUAAUACAAGGUGGUAUUAAAUCUAAUGCUUUACCAGAACAUGUUUCAAUAUUGGUAAAUUCAAGAAUAGCAGUUGAAGAAACAAUUGAAGAUGUGAUUGAAAAAUAUAAAUCUCAUAUCUUGGAAAUUACAGAUGAAUUUGAUUUAGGACUAAUUAUAAGUGGUCAAGAGGUUAUCAAACCUACCAAAAAUGGGUAUUUUAAUUAUUCAUUAGUUGAACCAUUAGAACCAGCUCCUGUAUCUCCUAUAAAUGGUGAGAGUUGGAAUUUAUUUGGUGGAUCAUUAAGAUAUUUAUAUGAAGAUUUAAUAUUUCCAGAUAAAAAUGAUUCAUUUAUUAUUGCUCCUUUUAUGUCUACUGGUAAUACAGAUACUAAAUCAUAUUGGGAAUUAACUAGAAAUAUUUAUAGAUAUGUACCUGGUUUACCAGAUAAACAUAGCGGGAUACAUUCAGUUGAUGAAAAAUUAAUAUUUAAAGGCCAUUUACAUAUGAUUGCAUUUUAUUAUUAUUAUUUACAAUUGAUAGAUGGUGUAGAUGAUAAAAGAUUCGAAGAUUUAUAG